CCUUUGUUUAUUUCUUCUCCUUCCCUCGUAUACUCUUCGCCUUUUCCCAUUCCGUCCAAAUAAACGCCCCGAGCUACCAAACCCUAGGCAGGUCUCGUUUCGAUCCGAUUCGACUCGAUCUCAGUUGCGCGCGUGCGUGAUUGGAUCGGAGGGGGAUGACGAUACCCAGCGCCGAGGGGUUCCUCCCGGCGGCGAGCUGCCUGCCGUGCACGGCGGAGGAGGAGCGGGCGGCCGUCGAAGCCCUCACGCGGGAUGCGGAGGCGAAUGUCAAGGACGGCGAUCUCCGCUACCUCGUCUCGCAGAGCUGGUGGACAAACUGGCAAUCUUAUGUGGGCUUACUCAGUUAUGGGGAGAAUGACACUGACAUUCCUCUUCAACCUACGAGUAGACCUGGGGAGAUUGAUAACAGGAAGCUUGUUUCGGAGGAAAAUAGCAGUGGCAGUGAAGAGCAAGAGCUUCAAAGAACCUUGAGGGAAGGGGAGGACUACACUUUGGUGCCACCAGAAGUUUGGAGAAAGCUAUAUGACUGGUAUAAAGGUGGACCAGCGAUAUCAAGGAAAGUGAUUUGUGAGGAUCCAACUUCUAGGAGAUACAUAGUGGAUGUCUAUCCCCUCCAUUUGACACUAAUUGAUGAAAGAGACAGCUCUGUGCGGACUAUCAAACUAAGUAGGAAGGCCAAAGUUCAUGAGCUUUACAGAUUGGUUUGCUCAAUUUUGGCUGUAGAGCAGUCCAAGAUCCGCCUCUGGGAUUAUUACCAAAAGACGAAGAACAAAGAGCUGACCAAUCAGAGUGAGACACUCGAGGAAGCUCAACUUACGAUGGAUCAAGAGAUUCUCCUGGAGAUUAGUGUAGAUUAUACCUGGUCAUCUGAUCUUUCUCCGAGAUGUACCAACAAUGAAUUUGCAUUAGUUCCAUUGGAACCCUCCACAUCAUCAUUCUCAAUUGCUGGAGGCCCUAACAUCUCGAAUGGUUAUUCAUCUAGAAUUGGCUCCAGUCUUCCUCAAGAUAACCACUUUAAUCCUUUAUUAAGGGACACAGAAGAUGGGUAUAGUGGUUUCAACAAUGGAACAAAAGAUGAAAUCCAUGGAUUGACUGGGUUACAUAACUUGGGCAAUACAUGCUUCAUGAAUAGCGCCAUACAGUCCUUGGUACAUACACCUCCAUUGGUCGAGUACUUUUUGAAGGACUACACUCAGGAGAUAAACACGGACAAUCCGCUUGGGCUGCAGGGUGAACUUGCAGUAGCAUUUGCUGAACUACUGAGGAAACUUUGGUCGGCCGGUCGCACUUCUGUACCUCCACGUGCAUUUAAGUCGAAACUUUCUCGUUUUGCUCCUCAGUUUAGUGGAUAUAAUCAGCACGAUUCUCAGGAGUUGCUUGCAUUUUUGCUGGAUGGUUUGCAUGAAGAUCUCAACCGCGUGAAGAAGAAACCAUAUAUUGAAGCAAAGGAUGCGGAUGAUCGUCCUGAUGAAGAAUUUGCUGAAGAAUGCUGGAAUGACCAUAAAGCUCGAAAUGACUCCAUAAUAGUAGAUAAGUUCCAGGGACAAUACAAGUCUACCUUAGUCUGUCCAGAAUGCAACAAAAUCUCUGUUACCUUUGAUCCAUUCAUGUAUUUGUCACUACCAUUGCCCUCAACUGUUACUCGAAUGAUGACUGUGACUGUAUUUAGUGGUACUGGGGAGUUUCUUCCCAUGCCUUACACUGUUACAGUACAAAAGAAUGGAGCUUGCAGAGAUCUCUUUAAAGCCCUGAGUGAUGCAUGCUGUUUAAACGAUUCCGAGACAUUGUUACUUGCAGAGGUAUACGAUUAUCGGAUUUACCGUUAUUUCAGUCCAUCAGAGCUACUUCAUAGCAUAAAAGAUGGUGAUCAGCUUGUUGCUUAUAAGCUUCCUGUUGGCCAUGAAAAGCUUUUGAGGGUUGAGAUCCUGCAUCGGAAGGUGGAUAGAUUUACUUCAGAGCCCCAGUUUAGUAUUGCUAGGAAGCUUAUUGGAAGCCCUCUGGUGACUUGUAUUCCUGUUGACUCAACAAGAAAAGUUGAUGUUUAUGCGGCUGUCUCUGCGGUGCUGGCUCCAUUUGUACGAGCAAAAGUGCAUCCUCCUGGCGAUUCCAUGCUGAAUGGUAGCGGGCCAAGUUUGGAUGGUAUUGUACUAACUGAUAAUGGCGCCUCAUGUGAGAAGGGUCUUUCUACGUCGAAUGUGGAUGAAGCAAUAACUGAUGCUGAGCUUUUGCCCUUUAAUCUUUACUUGAGUGAUGAUAAAGGUCAUGCGAGAAAUCCUAUAGAUGAAGAUUCUAAUCAUGUUUUGGGGGCAACCAUGAGGUUAUUGAUGGACUGGUCUGUUAGAGAACAUGAGAUAUAUAACCUCAAGUACAUGGAGGAUCUUCCUGAUGUUUUCAAGCCGGGAUUCAUGUCAAAGAAAACCCGGCAAGAAGCAGUCAACUUGUUUUCAUGCUUGGAUGCUUUCCUGAAGGACGAACCUCUGGGCCCUGAUGACAUGUGGUACUGUCCUAGCUGCAAGGAGCACAGACAGGCCAGCAAGAAACUUGACUUGUGGAGGUUGCCCGAGAUAUUGGUGGUCCACUUAAAAAGGUUUUCAUACAGCCGUUAUAUGAAAAAUAAGCUAGAUACCUUUGUGAACUUUCCAAUUCAUCAUCUUGAUAUGAGCAAGUAUGCGAAGCACACAUCCAGAGGCGACCAGCCUCCCAUCUAUGAACUAUAUUCAGUGAUUAAUCAUUAUGGUGGUUUGGGAGGUGGUCACUAUUCUGCCUAUGCGAAGUUAGUAGAAGAAGACAACUGGUAUCAUUUUGAUGAUAGUCAUGUCUCCUCUGUCAAUGAAGAGGAAACUAGGACAUCUGCGGCUUACCUGCUCUUCUAUCGGCGUCUUGAUGGCAAUUCUUGUCCAAUGUCUGAAGAUGUUCUUGUUGACACUGAUAUGGUUGAUUCUCCGGAGGCAUAGAUUAUGUUCGGAUAUCAGUAUGGCUGUGGUUUUGUGCACCUAUAUGGUGCUGGUGCUAUGAACACUGUUACCGAGAUUUUGCUGGUUUUAGGGCCACUAUUGGUGUUAGGUAUGUCCUUGAGCCAUUGACGGUUUGUUGCAUGAACGUGGAUCUUCUUCCAUAUGUUGGAGCCCUUAUAUGAUUGAUCAGGGUUUCCAGUAUCACCUCUCAUCUUGACAAGUAGAUUCACAAGCGUCACUGGCUACAGGUAGUAUGUCAAACCUUUGAGGAUAUGUUGUCGCCUUUGGGAAAUAUACGUACUGUCAUUAUUUCUAUCAAUGUAGGUGGUAAACUGAUACUGUAACGAACUGAAUCGACCUAGUGGAGCUGAGAUGUUCUGCAUUA